CCCCUGUUCUUUGCCUCUGGUUUUGUUGGUGAGGAUAUCACAGUGAUGUCUGCAUUCAACCUGCUGCAUUUGGUGACAAAGAGCCAGCCAGUGGCCCUGCGAGCCUGUGGGCUUCCCUCAGGGUCAUGUAGGGAUAAAAAGGACUGUAAGGUGGUCUUUUCCCAGGAGGAGCUGAGGAAGCGGCUGACGCCCUUGCAGUACCAUGUCACUCAGGAGAAGGGGACUGAAAGUGCCUUUGAGGGGGAGUACACACAUCAUAAAGCUCAAGGAAUAUACAAAUGUGUUGUUUGUGGGACUCCUUUAUUCAAGUCAGAAACAAAGUUUGACUCCAAUUCAGGUUGGCCUUCCUUCUAUGAUGUGAUCAGUCCUGAUGUAGUUACUUUCAAUGAUGAUUUCUCCUAUGGGAUGCAUCGGAUUGAAAUAUCCUGCAGUCAGUGUGGCGCUCACCUGGGGCAUAUUUUUGAUGAUGGACCUCGCCCAACUGGCAAACGGUACUGCGCAAACUCUGCUUCGUUAUCUUUCAAGCCAGCAGACAAGAACACUGCUGGAGAAGGCAGCGGUAACGCCAGUCCUGCCCAAACAGGCAAAGCUGAGCUGUAGGAUGAAGCAAAGCCUGCAGAAAACUGCGCUGAUCCCACACAGCUUACAAGGAAUGUUUUCUAAGUUGCCUGCUCUCUUAUAUCCUAAGAAUGUUUAAAUGUAUGAAAGCAUUUUGCACCAUCCUUCUUCCUCACGUUUUCGGAACUGAGGCCUUGCCUGCCGGUGCAUUUACUAUAUAAUUGGAUUGAAAAAUGUGUUGACUGACUCCACAGGUUUUCUUUUCCUUUCUUUUCUUUGAGAUUGCUUUGGGGAUCCCUUAAAUUGAGAGGCUUUGGCGUCAUUAGUUAGUUUCUUCUUAGUGCUGUGUUACUCUAGGUUUGAACACUAUCCCUUUUUGUGUGGGAGAUGGGACUUGUGUUUAUCUCCAGUUUAUAGGAAACUUCUGGGCAUAAGAAAAUCCUGAAUUCCUAGCACAUCUCUGCUUUGUUCUGACUUGCGAGGCACGCAGCCUUUCGUCGUAUGUAUUCAGCCAUCUCCCAGCAUCAGCCGCACCCUGCAAAAACUUGUAGUUAUGGCUGUUCUUUCCCAACUGAGAGAGAUGGAUGAGAUGUAAAGCCCAUCCUUUGGCUAAUUUACUGCCAAUAUUUCAAGGGUGUGGUUGAAAGGACAUAAACAUUGUCUCAGCAUCUAUAUUUCCCCUUUGUUUGGUAUUUAAAACAAGGUUUUAACUAGUAACACUCAUUUUUACGGGCUACUAAUGAGGCUUUGUCUUUUUGUGAGGCCUGUUCAAUAACUGUGACUCAAAUCUGAAUUAAAGUUGAA